AUGGACAAUCCCGCACCAUCGCUGAGAGAACUCUUCACCGAGGCAAAGGCCCGUCAAGAUGAGCUAGACACUCUCGACCCUCGGAACUCAAGGUUCAACGAGUCUUUGCAGUCCAUCAUCGACAACCUGCAGCAGUGUCGGCAGCUCAUUCGGAAACUCGCUCUGUUCAGUGCCAACGAAGAGCUGGAGGAUAUCUCCACACAAGACCUUCAAUAUCUCACCGUGGACUAUCUGCUGGCUGAUAUGAAGGUCAGGGCAUACGGGACAGAUAGGGAGUCAUCUCUACGCGAAGCAUCCGAGUUGUUCGAAAGCUACUUAACCCGGUUAGAUCACUACGGGCUUCUUGAACCAUCAGAUCGACAGCUUUACGAACAAUUUCUUGAACAGCGUGCCUCCUUCAGAAUAGUCCCCUCGAACAACCCCGAAGAGAAACGUAAAAUUAAGGUGGCUCGAUUUCAAUCAGAGAGGUCCCUGAAACAAAAGCUCGAGUACUUGAGAAACGAGUCACGGAAGCUGAAUGUUGACGACGAGAUCAUCCGGAAGCUCUAUUUGGCAGAAAUCGAAUUGUUUGUCAACAAUACAUUUUCCUCUUUGGACAUGAUCACUCAAGAAUCAGAGAUUUUAUCCCAGAUGCGGCAGGCUGAGCCGUCUCGACGAGAACCUCCACAGGAUCACAGAGCCCCGGUCAGAAGUGAUGACCACCUGGACCGCCUUGAUGGUCAGGUCACCAUGUCGGGAUUGGGCCGACGUGGAGGCCCGUUGCUCGACCCCAAAGGCAAACCCCUUCAGCCAUUCACCCUGACAGAUAAGCGCACCCAGCUUCAACAAGGAGUCUUCAGGCCCGGGCAUAACCUCCCGACCAUGAGUAUUGAUGAAUAUCUUGAAGAGGAGCGGCGACGAGGAGGGAUUGUGGAUGGCGGUGGCAAUGCCAACGCACCUCAGCCAGAACCUGAUGAAGACGACAUGGAGCAAGCUGACGCCGCCACAAUGAAGGCACGCGAGUGGGACAACUUCGUCGAAGCGAACCCAAAGGGUGCGGGCAAUACUAUCAAUCGCGGAUGA